AUGGCGGGCGGGGCAGCGUCGAGGCCGGCCGCCGUCGAUCCGGCGCCCGGGCGCCUAGAUCUGGCGGUGCAGGCGCUCUGGCGUGCCGCGGUGGCGAAGCUCCGGCGGGCUGCGGCGGUAGGGCGCGCUGGGUGCCUGGGGUCCCCUCCCUCGGCCGGGGAGCUGCAGUGGUGGCGGCGAGGCGACACCGCAUGUUUUGAAAAUCUUAAGAAUAGCAUGUCUCAUAUAGACAAGGUAAUGUUGAAGCAAUGUGAGAAAAGAGUGGCAGAUGCGGGACUAAGACUCAAGACUACAAUUGAUGCCACCAGGUGGUUAGCAUUUCAAGCGUAUCCCUUUAGAGGCCAUGAUGAAUCUCCAGGAUCUAAAAACCGAGGUAAUUUUAUUGAGAUGCUCAAGAUUCUGGCGUCGUAUAAUAAAGAGAAAUCAAUUAAAGAAGAAAUUGGCAAUCACAAGUUUUGUAUAAUGGUUGAUGAAGCUAGGGAUGAAUCCAAAAAAGAGCAGAUGGCGGUCGUUAUUAGAUUUGCCAAUGAAGAAUCAAUUAUUACAGAGUGCUUUCUUGAUGUAGUGCAUGUUAAAGAUACUGCUGCAACAACUCUCAAAGACAAGAUACUUGAUGUUCUAGCUUUCAAUAACCUGAAUGUGCAAGAUAUCAGGGGCCAAGCAUAUGUUGGGGCUAGCAACAUGAGGGGAGAGUGGAAUGGAUUGAAGGCUCUUAUUCUUCGGGAGUGUCCGUAUGCAUACUACAUUCAUUGUAUGGCUCAUCAGGUGCAGUUAGCUCUUGUUGCGGCAUCCAGAGAGUUGCAUGAGAGAGAGAGAGAAGAAAAAACAGAAGUCGGAAGCAGCCUUCCAUCCUCUUGCCUACUUCCUGGCAAUGGUGGCCACCGGGUACACUUCCUUGCUCAUGCUGCUUCUCUUCGCAGUUCUUGUCGCCGAUGGUCAGCCAGUCCCCAUGGAAAUGCUGAGGCCGCCACCGACCACUCUGCGCUGGUGUCCAUCAAGUCGCUGAUAACCAGCGACCCGGCAUCAGCACUGGCCUCAUGGGGCGGCAACCGGUCGCUCCCUCUGUGCCGGUGGCGGGGCGUAACGUGCGGCGCCCGUGGGCGCCGUCGUGGACGUGUCGUAGCACUGGACCUCAGCAACCUAGGUCUUUCAGGUGCUAUUGCCCCUUCAGUAGCCAACCUUACCUACCUGAGAAAGCUACAACUUCCCAUGAACCGUCUCUCCGGUGCCAUACCAUCGGAGAUUGGCCGUCUCCUCGACCUCAGGCAUGUCAACCUGAGCCACAACUUCUUUGAAGGUGGCAUCCCGGCAUCACUGUCACGGUGCCAGCAGCUUGAGAGCAUCAGCCUUGGAUACAACAACCUCACCGGAGGAAUACCUCCAGACAUGGGUCAUUUGCUCAGCUUGCGCCGAGUCUGGAUGCAGUACAACAAACUGACAGGAAUGAUCCCUUCAGAGAUUGGCAACCUCACCAAUCUAGUAAGUCUUGACCUGAACUACAAUCACUUGACAGGUUCACUCCCUUCUUCUCUUGUUAACCUUCAGAGAAUCGAGAAUUUGCAUGUGAGAGGGAAUCAACUCACAGGGCUGAUUCCAUUAUACUUGGGAAACCUCUCGGCAUUAACUACCCUUAAUCUUGGAACCAACAGAUUUGAAGGGGAGAUUGUGCCAUUGCAAGCACUGUCAUCUCUGUCUGUCCUCAUUUUGCAAGAAAACAACCUUCAUGGUGGCCUCCCUUCCUGGCUCGGAAACCUCUCCUCACUCGUAUACCUAAGCUUGGGAGUUAAUAGCUUAACUGGGGCUAUUCCCGAAUCAUUAGGGAACCUUCAUAUGUUAUCUGCUCGUCUUGUUCUCGCUGAGAACAGUUUUACAGGUAGCAUUCCUUCCUCCCUCGGAAACCUUCGUGCUCUUUCCGAGUUAUACCUAGACCAGAAUAAUCUCACUGGACAAGUUCCUUCUUCCAUUUUCAAUAUGUCUUCUCUCAGCUUAUUGAAUCUGCAUUCAAAUGAGCUAACUGGAUCAUUGCCGAGUGGGAAAAAAUUCAACUUUCCAGUGCUUGACAUAUUUAAUGUAGGGGAUAAUAGGCUCCAUGGUGUUAUUCCACCUUGGCUGUGCAACUGCUCUGUGCUUAGCAGAAUUGAAAUAAGAUUGAAUAUGAUUUCAGGAACAAUCCCGGCUUGUCUCGGAGAUAACCAGAAAAGUUUGUCAAUCCUGACCUUUGGAGGAAAUCAACUACAUGCAAAUGAAGAUGAUGGUUGGGACUUCAUGUCCAGUUUAAGUAAUAGCAGCCAUCUGAAGGUUUUAGAUUUGGGCUCCAACAAAUUUCAAGGUGUGCUACCAAAUUCAGUAGCCAAUCUUUCUACAGAACUGAAUUUAUUCAGGAUAGCCAGCAACAUGAUAAGUGGUAGUAUUCCUGAAGGCAUCGGGAACCUUGUUAAUUUAUCAUAUCUUUUGAUGAGCAUCAAUUCUUUCGAGGGUAAUAUUCCUUCCUCUCUUGGUAGACUCCAGAAGCUGAGCUACUUAUACCUCGAUUUGAACAAUCUCUCAGGGCAAAUUCCGCCAACCCUUGGCAAUCUCACAUUAUUGAAUAAACUCGCUCUUGGAUCAAAUUCACUUGAUGGACCUGUUCCAUCCAGCCUUAGGAGCUGUCCUUUAGAACUAUUGGAUCUCCAGCACAAUAAGCUCAGUGGUCCGAUUCCAAAGGAAAUCUUCCUCAUAUCUACCUUAUCUGACUUCAUGUACUUCCAAAGCAACUUUUUUAAUGGGUCACUACCACUGGAGAUUGGUAGCUUGAAACAUAUUACAGGCAUCGAUUUGUCUGAUAAUCAAAUUUCUGGUGAGAUUCCUGCCUCUAUUGGUGAGUGUCAAAGCCUGCAAUUUUUACAGAUGCAAAUGAACUUCCUUCAAGGUGGAAUCCCAGCAUCAAUGGGGCAGCUGAAAGGCCUUGAAAUACUUGAUCUUUCACAUAACAACUUGUCGGGAGAAAUUCCUGAGUUUCUUGGGCAUAUAAAAGGCCUUGGUAGUUUGAACCUGUCAUUCAACUACUUUGAAGGUGAGGUCCCAAAAGAGGGAAUAUUUCUUGAUGUGAAUGCAACCUCAGUUGAUGGAAAUCUAGGACUGUGUGGGGGUAUCCCUGCAAUGAAGUUGCAUCUCUGCUCCGUCCAGACCACCAAGAAACGUUCCUUCAAGCUUAUCAUGAUAAUCUCCAUAAGCAGUGCAGUACUGUUGCUUAUUUUCAUUUUAGCAUUGUUCGCUUUCUGGUACAGCAGGAGCAAGUCACACCAAGCUAAGGCAGACCUGUCACCCAUCAAUGACUUACAUAUCAGAGUAUCUUAUGCUGAAUUAGCCAGUGCAACAAAUGGUUUUGCUUCCGAGAACCUCAUCGGAGUAGGAAGCUUCGGCUCGGUGUACAAGGGAAGAAUGGUGAUCCAUGAGCAGCAGGUCAUUGUUGCUGUGAAAGUGUUCAAUCUCCAACAACGUGGUGCAUCUCAAAGUUUUCUUGCAGAAUGUGAGACCUUGAGAUGUGUUCGACAUCGAAACCUUCUGAAGAUCUUGACAGUCUGCUCAAGUAUGGAUUUUCAGAGCCAGGAUUUCAAGGCUCUUGUGUAUGAAUUUCUUCCAGAUGGAAAUUUAGAUCAAUUGAUACACAAGCCUCUUGAGGAAAAUGAAGACACGGUGCUAAAUCUCAUCACAAGGCUCAACAUCUCCAUUGAUGUGGCUUUUGCACUGGAUUAUCUUCACCAACACAGGCCAUUGCCAGUUAUUCACUGUGAUCUCAAGCCAAGCAAUAUUCUCCUUGAUAACGACAUGGUUGCUCAUGUUGGUGACUUUGGCCUUGCAAGAGCCCUGCAUCAAGACCAGAGUGAUUUGUUAGGAGAAUCAAGUGGCUGGGCUGCCAUGAGAGGAACAAUUGGCUAUGCUGCUCCAGAGUAUGGUCUGGGCAACGAAGUUUCAAUCCUGGGUGAUGUGUAUAGCUAUGGUGUACUGCUGCUGGAGAUGUUUACUGGAAAAGACCAACCGACGAUGAGCUUGGAGAAGCUCUAGGCCUUCACAGAUAUAUUCAGAAUGCACUUGCGGAAAGAGUGGCCAAUAUUGUGGACCACAAGUUAUUAUUAAGGGACGAAGAUGGAGAAACAAACACCUCAAAUCCUGAUAGAAGAGGAAAUAUAACAAUUGCUUGCAUCACUUCAAUUCUGAAUAUUGGAGUUUCAUGUUCAAUGGAAAUUCCUACAGACCGCAUGCAAAUUGGAGAUGCUUUGAAAGAGUUGCUAACACUAAGAGACAAGUUUCAGACGCGCCUUUCCAGUAUACAAGCAGCAAGUCGUUGAAGCAUUAAAAGCUCUCAUGGAUAUGAAUCUACUACCUCCGUUUCAGUUUACAAGUCCUAUACGUAUAUCUAGGUUGCCAUUUUUAUUACCCUAAUAUAAACUGUAUAACACAAAAAUUAAACCUUUUGAAAGUAGAAACUCCAAAGUUUAUGUUGGUAUAUUUUUUGUAAUAUAUGACUUGUAUUAGGUUGGUUAAAUUGACGAUCUAGGUAUACGCGCACGCCCUGUAAACUGAGAGAGAGGUAGUAUUAUCUUGAAGGUACUAUAGCGGUGUGCAACAACGCUGGUACAAUAAUAUUUCAACUUUACAUAUCACCUUAUUUGUCCGUAUGGUAUUCUUACCAUCUUCCCUCCUCUCUUCCCAGAUAGUGGCACAUGGAAGGUGGAGAUAGGGAAUGACUGUGCAGUACAUCGAGGGUGGCUGACCGAGGGGGAGCCCACCACAGGGCCCAUGCGGCCUCGAGGGGACCCGACAACAGGAAGGAGCCUGGAGACCUGGAUAGAGCUCGACCGCCAUCUUGGACUACAAGCCAAGAUAGUGGCAGCUAGAGGUCGGUUGGAUUCCUGUGUAAACCCUAGCCCUUGUCCUCUAUAUAAGGUGGGGGCUAGGGGUAGCCAUCCCAUCUAUUAUUGUAGAAACAUAUUCUCGGUAGUCAUACAUCAUUCUCUUGUAAUCUCUUGCACGUGGUAAUGCCAUGAAUGCAGAUUAGAAGCAGGAUGUAGGGUACUACCUCUGCUAGAGGGCUUGAACCUGGGUAACCACUUUGUGUGAAUUCCGUUAUGAUACUUCCGACCGCGUUCGCCACCCUAGUGUGGGUAUUGACGGUUCUACGUACCGUUUGUUGGCGCUUCGGGCGAGGGC